AAAAAAACAUUUAUCAUAAUUUUCCUUCAUAUUUUAUAGUUAAUAGCAUUUACAAAAGAUUAAAGUCCCAGCCUACUAUAAAUAUAUAUACAACGAUUCCUUGUCAUCUCCACAAUCCCAACUCAAAAUGGAGCAAAAAUGGGAGGCAAAAGUUUGCACUAGUCUCGAAAAGGCGGAGCCCGACCAAAUCUGGCCCUUUUUCCAAGACUUUUUCGGGCUCCACAAAUGGUUUUCGGGGCUCCCAAAUUGUCACGGGAUCCAUGGAACCAAUGGGGAGCCGGGGUGCAUUCGCUACUGCUCGGGCUUCGGGCUCAGGCAGGAAGCGGAUGAGAUAAAAUGGUCCAAGGAAAGGUUGGUGGCAAUAGAUGAAGCCCAAAAAACAUUUACUUAUGAGAUGGUGGAUUCUAACAUCGGGUUCAAGUCCUAUGUUUCGACCAUUAAGGUUGUUGCCGGUGGAGGCGGCGGCGGCAUGGUGGAGUGGUGGAUCAGCCUUGAGCCGGUGGAGGGUGCAAAGUUGGAGGAUUUGGUGGCCAAGUAUCAAGUGGCUUUGCAGCUUAUAGUGAAGAAAAUGGAGGAGGAUGCUGUUUCUGGAUCUUCAUGAAUUUAAUUAUAUUAAAUCACAAUUUGUGUGAUUGUGUACGUCUUUUUAUUUGACUUCUUGUUGUUGUUGUUUAUUUGAUCUCAAAUGUUGUCUCUUUUAUGAAUGAAGGUUUAUUUUGGUUGUGGUUUAA